AUGCCUUCCUUCACCCAGCUCACCGGACUCGCCGUUGUCGUUCUCUCGCUCGGCUAUUUUGCAAAUGCACUCCCAAUGACUGGAUUCCUCGGUAGUGCACCCUUAUCCUGCAAUGGCAGCGAUGCCUACUCUCUGGCCAUUAGCAAGAUUCUGAUAGACUUUGAAGCUUGUAUUAGAGCUAUAAUUGCAUGCGGCACUUUGGUCGACCUCAAAGCACAGGUCGCCCUCCUAAUCAAUAUUUUGACAGGGUGCUCAGACGACCUGCUCAAGAUUGGAGCCGGCGUUGUGGUUGCGGCCGAGGCUAAAGCUCAAAUUGUUGCAUGCAUUGCUGGUCUCAUUACCCUCAUUGUCCGCGCUUGUCUUGCUGUUUCCCUCAAGUUUGGGUUGAAUGUCUGCAUUGAGAUCUUUGCCGGUGUUGACGUUGUCAUCAAAACUCUCCUUGUUAACCUUGAUAUCUGCAUUGCUGGUAUUGUUGGUCUCAUUGCAAAGAGCAUUCUUUCUGUUACUGUUGGACUUUUAGCUCAAGUUCAGCUCAAGCUCUGCCUUGGUGUUCUUGGACUUGGACUCUAA